AUGUCUGAGAAAAAGCCUCCUCAAGGUGAAGAAAAGGUGCAAGCAAUGCUCAACAGAUGGGUUAACAUGAAGCGUGAAAUGGCUUUAGGCACCUUAGUACGCCGCCCGACAAAUCCUCUAGAUGUAGCUAGCUUAAUGGAAUGCCAAAAUUGGCGAUAUCAAGUAAUGCAAGAAAUCGCGAUUUUUAUUACAGAUAUACAAAAUGCUCAUCUAGGAGAGCAUAAAAUAAGGGCUCUAAAUGAUGAAAUUAACAGAUUAGCAAGAGAAAAAUCACUAUGGGAAGACAGAAUUAGGCAGCUAGGAGGUCCUGAUUAUAAAAAAGUUGUUUACCGACAAGUUGACAGCCAAGGACAAGAAAUUCCAGGCUCUGAAGGAUAUUUGUACUAUGGUGCUGCAAAAGACUUGCCAGGGGUUCGAGAAUUUUUACAAAGGCCUGCUCCAGCUAAACCUGUAAAAAAUAAUGAAGUUUUAAAAGCGCAGGUUAACGAAAAAUAUUAUAAGACAGAAGAAGAUGAAGAGCUGCUAAGAAUGGAAGCUGAAAUGGAAAACAAAAUGUGGGAGGCAAACCCAAAGCCAAAAAGAAAAUUGGAGUAUGAAGAUAACGCACUUGACUAUGUGAGGAUGGCAAAUAAGAAAUAUUUAGAAUCUUUUGCAAAUACCCAAGAGGAAGCUAAAGCUGGAUUAUAA